CGCCGAUAUUCAUUAAACCAAGAUGGAUCUUUCCCACUUAUUUCUUGUUUGAUCAAAAUCUUUCCCACUUAUACUCAUUGCUCCGUGACCUUUUCCCACUAAUUUUCACUUUCACUUCAACCAAAAGAUAUUUCUUUUUUCAGAAUUUCCGGAGAAUCGUUUGGUUAUUGGUAAAUAAAUUCAGCUAUGGAAUCAUUCUGCAUGCCACUCAAGGCCAAUGCCAGCCCGGUUAGUGUCAACAAAGGUUGCUGUAAUGUAGGCACAGUUUUCUGGGGUGAGACUGUCAGAGGAGGUCUUAAAAGCAGGGACUUUGGAACACAGUUAUGGAAGAGCUUGAGACCUGAAAAUGGGGUAAAAAAAACUAAGCUUGGCGUUGCUUAUUCUAUUCUCACCCCAGAAAUUAAUAAGGAGACCAUGAAUUUUGAGACUCCACAAGCAGACCCGAAGAAGGUGGCUUCCAUUAUAUUGGGGGGCGGUGCUGGGACACGCCUCUUUCCUCUUACUCGCAAAAGAGCUAAGCCAGCAGUUCCAAUUGGAGGGUGUUACAGGCUGAUUGAUAUUCCAAUGAGCAACUGUAUCAACAGUGGGAUAAACAAGAUAUUUAUCUUAACUCAGUUUAACUCCUUUUCCCUCAACCGUCACUUAGCUCGGAUUUACAACUUCGGAAAUGGCGUAAAUUUUGGAGAUGGUUUUGUGGAGGUUCUGGCGGCCACUCAAACAUCAGGAGAAGCAGGGAAAAAGUGGUUCCAAGGCACAGCUGAUGCCGUGAGGCAAUUUGUGUGGGUCUUUGAGGAUGCCAAGGCCAAAGAUGUAGAGCACGUAUUGAUAUUGUCUGGCGAUCAUCUUUACCGUGCAGACUAUAUGGAUUUUGUUCAGAGGCAUAUCGACUCAAAUGCUGAUAUCACAGUCUCAUGUUUACCAAUGGAUGACGGCCGUGCAUCAGAUUACGGAUUAAUGAAGAUAGAUGGAGCAGGACGGAUCGUCCAGUUUGCUGAGAAACCAAAGGGGCCCAAUCUUAAAGCUAUGCAAGUUGAUACCUCCAUAUUAGGCCUAUCAGCGCAAGAUGCUGCAAGAUAUCCAUACAUUGCAUCAAUGGGUGUGUAUGUGUUUAAAACCGAUGUCUUGUUAAAGCUUCUGACUCGGAGCUAUCCAUCAUGCAAUGACUUCGGCUCCGAGAUUAUUCCAUCAGCUGUAAAGGAACACAAUGUCCAGGCAUAUUUGUUCAACGACUAUUGGGAAGACAUUGGAACAAUAAAGUCCUUCUUUGAUGCCAAUUUAGCCCUCACAGAACAGCCACCGAAGUUUCAAUUUUAUGAUCCUAAGACACCUUUCUAUACAUCUCCAAGAUUCUUGCCUCCUACCAAAGUUGAUAAAUGCAGGAUUGUUGACUCCAUAAUUUCGCAUGGAUGUUUCUUGCGAGAAUGUAGUGUACAGCACUCUAUAAUUGGUGUGCGCUCACGUUUGGAGUCUGGCGUUCAGCUUGAGGAUACCAUGAUGAUGGGAGCAGACUACUACCAAACUGAGUCCGAGAUAGCAUCUCUGCUAGCCAAUGGAAAGGUUCCCGUCGGAGUUGGACAAAAUUCCAAGAUUAAGAAUUGCAUAAUUGACAAGAACGCCAAGAUAGGAAAAGGUGUGAUUAUAUCAAAUGCUGACGCUGUUGAAGAAGCUGAGAGACCAGAAGAUGGGUUUUAUAUUAGGUCUGGGAUCACUGUUAUACUGAAGAAUGCAACAAUCAGAGAUGGAACUGUUAUAUAAAAUUUUGAAUACUUGCAGAGGCUGUGCUGUUUGAAUUGAACCGGUGACGAAAAGCCGGGGGGCCACAGCCUGCUUUCCUUUGCUGUUCCAUAGUGAUGAAAAAUAUAGGAGUAAUGCUUUGUA